AAUUAAUAAAAAUUUACUUUAUUUUUAUAUACAAGAAUAAAAAUAAUUGUACAUAUGUAUACAGUAUUUGAUAAAAAAAAAUUUUAAUAAAAGUUCGUAAAAAUAAGACAUGAUAGAAAACGUAAUAGUCGCUAAUAAUUCAGAAAUACCAAAUUUCUGUAUGGAUGCUGACAUUAAUCAGAGGAUGCUGAACAAAUAUACACAGGAAGCGUCGAACUUUAUUUUAAAAACACAAAAUAAAUCUUUAAAUAUAGUAUCAUUUCAAUAAAUGUAGUAUUAUUUCAUAUAUAAUCACAUCUUCGAAUAUAGAAUGUUGAUUUUAAAAAUGUUCAUUUUAAAAAGAUCUUUAUAAUUCAAAUAAAAGUUUAAAUAUAUAAUUUUAUUGAUGAUUAAUAGAAAUAAAUCUUAGAUCGAUGUUCGCAAUGUAGAAAAAAAAAAAAGAAAAAAGAAAAAAAUAAAACACAAUAUACGAUGGAGAACACAACCUAAAUGAACGAUUAUAUUAAUUUUGAUCAUAGUUAAAAUUUGUCAAAAUUUAUUGUGAAUUUAUUUCUAUAAAAUUAACAAGUAUGUUUGGACGACAAAUUUUCUUAAAGCCUGUAGACAAUCAACAUGAUGAAAGACGUAAUGAUUAUAUUCGACAAUUAUCCCCAAGUCAAGGACAUGGAAUACCAUUUACUGAACUAAUAAGCGUACCAUAUUUAAGAAAUGAUGGACUAAUGCUCGAUUUAAAUUUCAUUUUUAUCGACGAUGAUCAUGUUCAAUCAAAUAAUUUAAAUAAUUUAUAUUUGCAAACUAAUCGUGGAAAUAUAUCUAAUCGAUAUUUAUUGGAAUAUAUAAGACAAAUGAAAGAAAGAUAUCUAUUUAUGGAAAGAGAAUUAACAAGAGCAAGAAUGUUAAUCCCAAUAAUAUCGCGUAAUACCAAUGCCGUACAUCAAUCGGCACAAACAGACAUAAAUUGGAACGAAUGUUCUCUCACGAAAUACGGACAUUUUCUUGGAACUUCCUCAAAAAAUCAAUACAAAAAAAAUCCAGAGCAAAUUAAUGUUUCAUCAAGAAGAAAACAUUAUACCAUGAAAAGAAAUAAAGAAAAUUCAAUCAGAAAGACUUUGACUGAGUCAGAUUGGAUGAAACAUAGGAUUUCCUCACAAAAUUUACAGAAUGAUAUUUAUCCUAUAAAAGAGCCUGAUAGCAAUACAUUUCAACCAAGAUCAUUAACCAGCAAUUCAACCACUGUUUGUUCAAUGCAUAAUAUAGCUGUGAUUCUUCCACAAGAUUCAAUUCAAUUAAAUGAUAUAUCAAAACACAAACAAGCUGAAUCUAAAAUAAACGUUGAUAUCCAUAAAACUGCAGAUAAAUUAGAUUCUGAUGAAUCUAAAAUUAUUUUCGGAAAUUCGAAAAAAUAUUUCAAUCCAUUUGAAACUCGGAAGACGUCGAUGGAAAUAUGCCAAAGCUUUGACAAGAAACACGAACCGGAAACGUCGAACUAUACUGACUUCGAUGUUAAACACGAAGAUUGUACACAGACUAAACCCGCUGUAAAUACACCAGAAUUUCGACCAAUAAUGGGCUCAAAAUUUAAUAAUGAUAUUUCCGAUCAAUCCACAUCUCAUUGUCAACAACAGAAUAUCAAUUCUGAAGAAAAGUGUAAUCGUAAUUAUUGGAACAACUACACGAAAAAGUUACCUUAUGGAAGAACACGUGCAAAUGAUUCAUCGAGACAAUAUACGCGAAUUGUUCAAAAACAAAAGAAAGAAAUGCAUAAGAGAAUUCCAACUCCACGUAGCAAUGUUCAUACCGCUUAUACUCCUAUGACACAACCUUCGACCUGGAAUUCCAUGUUAGAUCCGAAUGGUUUUACCAUUCAAUUAUUAAGACUCGCAGUGUUACUUUACGCUCCAGCAUUGAUGCCGGCGUUAAAUUCAUUGAUCGCACGACAAAGCAUUCAAACAACAAUUCCCCAUUUUGAAGGUUCAAAUGAUUUGUUGACGCAAAUUUUCACAAUUUUGAACAAUCAACAAUGCGUCCCAAAUUUAUCAUACGCACCAAAUCCUAGAAUGGACGAAAAUUCUCGACAAUUUCGAGAAUCAAGUACUCAUAAUUCAUCGGCGCAAUCAAAUUCCGAGAACCUUACGAAACAAUUUCAAAAUGAUACUCAUAGAAUAAAAACUUUCGAUAAUAACCAAUUCGAAAAAAAUUCAAUCGCUGUUAACACCUCUUUAGAGAUAUGUAGUUGUAACAAUGUAAAACAAUCGUCUUCGCAGUCGUAUAAUAAAAAUAUUUUACACGAUCAAGAAGAUGAAAAAUUGGUUUAUACAUGGACCAGCAAAAAAUCAUCAAAAUCAUCGGAAACAGUAGUGUUAGAGAAACCAGUAUUGAAAAAUGAACAAAAUAAGGAGAAAGUAUCGGAAAAGCAACAAGAAAAUUCUGAAUUUUUCGAAAAUUGGUUAAUUCAAAAAGAUCCUAAUGUUUGGGACGAUCCAAAAACCAAAUCUUCGAAUAUUUGGCAACAAUACGUUAAUCAAUAAUAUUUAAUUCUAUGAUAAUUCUGGAUAAACACUUCGAUCUAAUAAAUUACCAUUGGAAAAUAUAAUCACCGCUAAUACGUAGUACGGCUUAAGGACGCUUGCGCGUGGUUCAAACACGUGGCAAAGGAAGGAACUUUUCUACGAACGUUUGUUCAGAAUUGCAGUCUUACGAGCUUUCGCUGCCGAAGCGCAUCCUAUAACAAUAUAUUCUCUUUCAUAUUCUAUUUUGUAAAAUAAAAUUUUAUUAUUUUUGUUUGUGUAUAAUAAAACAAAAAUUUAUUGGAUAUUAAUUAAAAAAUAAAAAUUAAUUGCAAAAUCUA